GUGUGUGUCUUGAUCAAUUGUCCUUAUUAUAUAUUCAUUGUCCUUUUAUUGAAACGUUAUGAAGUGGUUACCACUACCGAAGAUAGCGCAUGGCAUUGCUAUUUAUCCAUUCACUCCCUCUACUUUAUUACCUAUAAGACCUUAUUCAACUAGCAACGUAUCAACAACCAAUUCAGUGAUUGACGACGCCUCGACAGUCACUUCCUCAUCUUCAAAUAUUACAGAUCAACCUGCCUCAGCCAACAUAGAGGACUAUAGUCACUUGAUACCACUUGAAGUAGGUGACGAAUUAUUCAUUAUUGAGCAACAAGGUCAAUGGUACAGAGGUUACGUAUUAUGCGCAUACGAAGAGGGUAAAAAGCCAAAUAACGCACCGAUCGGUUGUUUUCCUCGUUCUCAUGUCCAAAUCAAGGAGUAUAUUGACAUUGGUUCAGACGAAGCUGACAUCCUACCAUUCAAACCUCAUGCUGACGAACAACCAAGUAGUAGACCACCUACGAUGAUUGAAAUUCCAAAUGGUUUACCGAGAUCAUUUUCAGAAUCCUAUAUUCAGUCAACAAAACAGAGUUUAAAUAUUAUCACAGACAAUGUAACACCGCCACGGCCAGGUAGCUUCAGUGAUCUUAAUUUGGAAUACCAAGCACCUGAUUUUAAAAAGCCAAAUCAUGCUCGUAUACCCCCACCACCACUACCACUCGCCAGAUUCGAUCAGUCGACCAUCACGGGAAGUUCAGAACCAUUGGUAGAUGAAAUCGCAGCUUGUGUGAGUGAAUGGAAUAGUUUACUGUACACAUAUAUAAAGCAAAGAGAUUAUAAUGCCUUUCAUAUCGUCAAGGACAAUAUCAAUUAUUUAUUUCAGGCUAGAAGACAAUUGCUAGACCAAGCCUUAUCCAGAGAGGAGCUCUCAAAGCUUCGGAAAGGUAUAGUCUAUCGUAUGGUCAUUAGCAAUUUGGAGCAGAAUCAAGACAUGAUCAUCCGUCACCCUGAAAAGGGUUAUCUAUUAGACGCAGCAAACACUUCCUUGAGCACUAUUUACAAAAUGCAUUGGAAAUUUGCUGUGACUACAACUACAUCGACCACAGCCAAAUCGAUGCCUCCUCUAUUGCCAAAAAGUAGCUCAAGUUCUUCACUAAAACAAGAUAAUGCCAUGAUUAACGCUAGUGCGGUAACCCUUAGCACGAUCAAUUCCGUUACUUCUUCAGCCACAACGACGACAACUAACAGUACAGCUGCGACAACGCCAACAACAACCUUACCCGAAAAACAUAGUCAAAAGGGUGCCAAGUUUUACCACUUGUAUUUUGAGUUUAAGGCCUGCGUAGCUCACAUUUGUCAGCCUGGAGAAUAUACCGAGCUUUAUUUUGCACUCUACUCAGCUUCAGAAAAGAAGUACCUUACCGAGCGAUUUGUCGUCAUCUUGAACCAUCAAGGCAUGCCAAAAGAUGAGAGUCAGAUUGGAAGGCUACAGACUCUUUUUGUGGAUCUAUGUACACAUGAUUUACUCGAUAAUGUCUAUCUUGUUUGUCAUAUUGUUCGAUUAGGAGGUAUGAAAUUCACAGACAAGGAGUAUUUUGGCAGUAUUAGUUCACAUACACCUUUCAUCUUACAUGGAAACAAGCAUCAGUCCUUUCAAAAGCUACCCAAUACAAACUCAACAAUCAACAUGUGCAGACGCCCCUUUGGCUGCGCUGUCCUCAAGCUAAGCUCUCUCCUUCUUCAGUUUGAUCCCGCGACCAUUUCGUCAGCUGCACCUGCGGCACAACAGCCUUCCCUGCUCGAUCACAGCAUGCCCAUAUUCAUACCAACAUCUGAAUCAGGCUAUGCCACGCUUCAUGAAGAUAUCAUUUUCAACAAUGCCAAAGAGUUUACAAAGAAUCCCAAGGCUGAGAUGAUUCGAGUGUCACUGCGCACGUUCUAUGGCUUCUUGGACGAGGUGCUCAAGACGAAUACUGCUCUCUUACAUGGUAUUCCACACACAUUAAGACUUGGAUUUGCAGACGCCGUCUUUCCCGAUGACACGCGAAACGAACUCUAUGUGACGCUGACCUCGGGCGACCUAGCUCAAUUUGGCAGAUCAAGAAACAUUCAGGUGACGAUGUGCGUCAGGGACAACCGGACGGGCGAUAUCAUUGAAAACGCCAUAUCUGCAGGGGCCGGUGCACGCCCUGUAACCUACUGGGAGAGCAUGGUCUUUUAUCACGAACUAAGGCCGACGUGGAACGAGACAGUCAAGAUCAACAUGAACGAUCUCCACCAAUGGGAGCGUUCACAUAUCUAUCUGACAGUCAAGCAUCGAAGUAGCCACUAUAACGGUCCACAAACACAAAACCAGUCUGGCGCCUCUCCUUAUUCUGGAGGAGGAGAAAAGAUCAUUGCAAUGGGAUUCCUCCCGCUCUUUUUACCACCUCUUCACCGCGACUUUAUUGCAGACGGAGUGCAUACCCUGCAUCUGUACAAGUACGAUCGUGUAUCGGCUAACCCCAGGGGGUACCUCGACAACGUCUCCUGGCUCGUCCGGUCCACUGCACCUUCCAAUAUGCAGACAGAUCAUGGAAUCAAGGCACGGUCACCGUAUGGUCAUACCAGACUCGAUCAUCACAACUCGCCUUCGAACAACAGUUUCAAGAGCAUGGCAGGAUCUAUCGCAUCAAAUGCAUUUGCAAGUAGCUCAAGCCUGAACGAAGUCAGUUCGAUUGGAUCUGGAUCGACAGUGACACAGCAACAGACAACGGCUGGAAAGGUCUCUAUGCUGCGUGAUACAAUUACGUUAUCCACCUUCUUAUGUUCUACCCAAUUCACGCAAAACAAGACUCUUGUCAAACUCUUGAACUGGCGUUCGCUGAUUGAAGAUGGAGUCGAUGGAAACGCAGAGCUGAUGACCGUUUUGGAUGAACUGACGUUUAUUGGUGAAGUAGAAGUUGUCAAGUUUCUGGGCGACAUAUUUGACGCACUAUUUGAUAUACUCGUUUACCAACAUGAGCCGACUGUGACUGAAAAGAGAGUGAGCGAGAUAAACGAUCAGGUCUUGGCAGCGAUCAUCUGGUUACUGGGCAUUGUUCAAGAUCGACGGUUCAGUAACUUUAGACCUGUGCUGGAUGUUUAUAUAGAAAAUAGGUUUUCUGUUCAAGAAUACCGACAGCAAAGCUCAAGCCUCCAAAACUACAGUUAUUUGCCCGCCAACGAGACGACAUACGAUGAACUGCUCAAGGGCCUCCAAAGGCUGUGUGAAAAUCCAGGCGAUGCGGCAAAGGCCAAACUGCUUCGUAGUAGCAUGAAAGUCUGGGACUACCUUUUUAGAUUCAUCGUACGAUCAAGGUUGUGUCAGCAGCAAAAGGAGGACCCAGACGAACGUCAGGUGGUUGACAAGAUGUACAAGGAAGGCGUGCACAAUUUACUAAAGAGCAUUCAAUCCAUCAUGGAUCCAGAUCAGCCUAAUACCAUGAUUGGUACACAGACCUUAGCACUUCAACAUUUUGCUGAUAUCCUUGUUGAGCUUCACCAAAUCUUUUCUUCACAACAGAUCAACUCUCUUGCCAUCGGCUUCAUUGACGCCUGCUCGCACGUCACGGGACGCCUCGUCGGGUUUAAAUUGGGGAUGAUUCUGAACAUUGUGAAGGGUCCGAUCUUCAACGAUCCUAGUUGCCGCUUGGAGCUUACCAAGAAUGUCUUUCGCUGGAUCCGCCUGUGGCUCAAUUCAUACAUGACAACGGCAAAGGACGUGAUAUUCGCACGACAGAUUGAGCAGCAGCAAUCUGAUGUUGAUCAUCAACAGACGAGAUUACCAAGGGCACAAUGGAUCGAAAACUUGAGACUGUCAGUCACGAUUAUGAGCGAAGUAUUAGAGAAAGUCAGAAGAUCGAUCGGCAUGACUUCGUCUGGUAUCUUUACGGUCGUCACGUCGCCAUCAUCCACUUACCCUUCUCGACCAACAUCCUUUGCUACCAGUCAUGGUGACGAGGACGUGAUUUCAGCUUCACCCGAGAGUUCACACCAUGAUCUUGUUGUCAUCACAGAUGCAGCUUUGGAACUCGUGCCUCAGCUUUUGAAUGCAUACAAGGAUAUUCAGCGCCUGACGAUCCAGGCACUGCAUGUAUCUAAUAUACCAUCUGCCUCACACGAGUCGUCGCCGAACUCUAGACCGCACUCAAGACAGUCAUUCAGUGUAAAAAGAGAAAGAGGCGGAUCAAUCACCAGCAAAAACCCUGGUGCGGAUAUUCAAGAAGCAACAAAUACUUCUAGUGUCACUAGCAGUACGCUUCGACAGGCUACUAUCAACAGUGCUGACAAAUCGAAAUUUACGGUUGUCUUACAAGCUCUCAACUCUUCACCAACCUCGCCCUUCCCUAGUACGUAUCCGCUCCAGCCAAAGACAAAUGGGACCGAUCAAGGUGCAAACAUCGAAUGCGCAGCACUGAUCAGCACUGGUCUGCUGGAUCUUACGGUUGUCUUGCUAGAACUCUUUUACUUGACACCCAAGCAGCAGUGGUUGAACUUUAUGAAAAAGAUGAUUGAACAAGAGGGCAUUGAAGAAACAGCCGAGUUCUUGCGCAAGGUUAUUUAUACCUGUAUGGCUAUCUUGUUUGGUGACAACUUGAUGUUACUUGAAGAAACAAGUUUGUUGACAGAUUGCAUGACCCGUAGCGAGGACGAUGGAACACGAGAGACACGAAAGAUCCCAAGGGAUUGGCUUAACUUGAACAUCAUUGCUCAUCAAAUUGUACUUGUUCAUAUUCUUGAGCCCAUCAAGGACAUCUUGGAACUGCCAUCAUUUAUUCCCGCUGAAGCUGCUUAUGCCACCCAUGAUGAGUUUGAGGAAGCAACAGAUCAGCGAUCUAUUGGCGAGCAGCGAUCAACUCUUUUGCUCUGGCGAGUUUAUUUUGUCGGCUUCUUACGGGUUGUUGGCAGUCCAGCGCUCGAGGUGGCUCAACUGACACCUCAGGUGCAACGAGCGGUUUGGAAAAUAGCAGGAAAUAUGCGUGGAGAAGUGGGUGCAAAGACAUUCUUAUCCCUUUGGGAACUUGCAAGGAAACAAAAGAUCUUAGAGAAACGUAUGGUGCCUCAGGAGGGAGAAGAGCAACAACAGAAUAGGAAUAGCAAGCCAGUGAUCCCGUUGACGAACGACUACUUUGGUGGUGAUUUUACGUCGUCUGUCCUUAGCGGCACGAGCUUCUUUUCAAAUGAACAUGGUCACUUUUCUGAUGAUCCCACAAGAAGAACGGAAGAGGAACCGCAUUAUCGACAUAGUAUCAGAAUUGGACCCACAGAUGAAGUUCCUCUGUCAGCGAUCCAUGAAGAAGAGAGCUUUGAUGACUAUAUCAAGACGGAUAUCUCCUUUCUCCAGGCUGAUCUCUCCUAUCACAUACUCAGUCCGAUGUGUUCUGUUAGUCUGACGCUCCAUGACCGUGUACGCCUCAAUGCUUUCUCAGUGAUUGCUGAUAUCAUUGCUAUCGAACUGUACUCGUACGGCCACUUGAUUCAUGUUCAGCACUUACUGAUCAGCACUCUGGAUCGCCUCAUCAUGUCUGAAAAUAAAGGUGACGAGCAGAUACAAAGCAAGAUGGCUGUAGAGCUUGAUUAUGCUGUAGAAUACCGACUCAAGGCAGAUGAACGACCAGAUCUGAUACCCAUCGGAAAGAAAUCGGUCGAUUCCCUCUGCAAGUUCUUAGGACUCUUGCUUCAAAUUAGGAGCCUGCCCGCUGACAACGAGUUUAUGGACGAACGUAUUACGGCGACAUUAAAGUUGAUGAAAUUCAUUCAAGUGAUUGAACGAGAAGAGAUUUACAUCAAGUACGUACACCAACUUGUACAGCUACAUCUCGACAGUCGCAACUAUAUUGAAGCUGCCCUCACCCUUCGUUUCCAUGCAGACCUUCUUCACUGGGACCCAACGGACAAGCUGGAAGAAGUACCCGAACUCUUUUUGCCUGCCCAAAGUUCGUUUAGCAGAAAGGAAGCACUGUACAUGAAGAUGAUAUCCUAUCUUGAGCAAGGAAAUGCGUGGGAACUGUGUGUAGAGUUGUGCAAAGAGCUUGCGUAUGAAUACGAAAACAACAUCUAUGAUUACAACAAGCUCUCUGAAAUACUUCAACGCCAGGCUACUUUAGUUGAACAUGUUGUGAAAAAGGAUCGCUGUUUUACAGAGUACUUUCGUGUUGGCUUCUAUGGUCGUGGGUUUCCACCAAGCAGUCGCAAUCAACAGUACAUCUACCGUGGCCUUGAAUGGGAAAAGAUGUCAUCCUUUGUGGAGCGAAUGCAGAAUCGUCAUCCGAAUGCUCAAUUACUGCCCAGCAAACUAUCCAAUGCGGCUACAUUGAAUGAAGAUCAGCUCAAGGAACUCGAAACAUCGCUUGAUGGUCAGUACCUUCAGAUCACACCUGUUGUGCCUAUUCCUAAUGCAGAUUCAAUUGCCUGUCUGACCAACCCACAUGCACCCGAAAGCGUCAAAAAGUACUACUCGUUCAACUCGGUUUCCCGAUUCUCUUUCACUCAUCCCAUCAUCAAGGAAACAGCCAAGUCUGAUGAUGACAAGCAGCCUGAAUCUGACUUUUUGAAUCUGUGGACGGAAAAGAUCGAUUUUGUUUGCGAAGAUCAGUUUCCUACCAUUGUCAGAAGGUCCCGUAUUAUCUCGAUUCAUGCAAAGGAAGUUUCACCUAUAGAGAAUGCUGUCAAAACGAUGGAAGAUAAGAAUGUAGAAUUAGCCUCAUUAGAAAAGAAAUACGCUGCCUAUUUGAACACGCGCAGAUCCUCUUCCAUCACUCAGCCAGUAAACAUCAAUCCAUUCUCAAUGUCGUUGAAUGGCGCGGUUGAUGCUCCUGUCAAUGGUGGUGUUCCUUUAUACAAGAAGGCGUUCCUUAGUAAAGAAUACUGGAACAAACACCCCGAGAUGCACCCAUGGAUUGAAAGGCUUCAAGCUGCCAUUUAUGAUCAGGUACGCAUUAUCGAACAGUGUUUGGGAACUCACAGCAAACUGGUCAGCUCCGAGAUGAAACCGUUCCAUGCUACGUUGACAGAGUUUUUCCACAAGAACUUUGCAGAAGAAAUCAAACAGCUUAAAGAAAAGAAGCCCCAAGAUAAGCCAGGUUCGAAAUCAAGCUCAUUUACGAGCCAGAGAAGAUCGACAUAUAGUGACCAUGAUAUUUCACCUACUCUAUCGCGACAGAACACUGCGGCUAGUAUUGCCAGCUUACCAGCCAUCCCAGCGUUAUCGCCCGUGAGUCGUGCGUUUUCGAUAAAAAAUUCUGUGAUUGAAGGGUCACCAGGGAACCCUACUCCAUUUCAUUCAUAUGCGUUUGAAAAUGCAAGUAUGUCUCGAGCAGAAAGUCUUUCUCGUACUUUGAAGAUGUCAUUACGUAAAAAGUCCCGCAAGAAAUCGCCUAGUAUAGCCAGUGUACAACUGACAACAAACACUGUGCCCAACAUGUCCUCAUCAUCCAACAAACCUCAAUUAUAAAUAGUUUUCAUUUAAAAAUAAAUAAUGUUUAAUAAUAGUAAUAAAAAAUAAAAAACUACAUGUAUUUAUUAUAAAUAUAUUCC